ACCAUAUAAUAAGUCUACAAAAGACCAUUUUGCCUUUGCUAUUCUGCUGUAAUAGACUCAACACCUACCAAAAUUAGAUUCUAUGUAUGUUUUCCGCCUUGAGCUGUCUUGUUUCAACAUUCCACAAUGGUUGUUAAGACUACACUGACACAAGCGCGCACACAAAAGCACACACUAUAUAUACAUAUAUGUUUUUGUGUGUAUGUAUCUUUGCACUUAAAAGUGAUCAGAUACGCAUUUAAAGCUAACUAAGGCACCCUACGACGUAGGAGACACAUGGCGUCGAUAGUGAUGCUCCUUAGAGCAUUGAUGAGUUGCCGUCUUACGCCUAGGGAGGAGCCAGAGACAACGGAUUCAUCGACAGUGGAUCUUUACAGAAAUGUCGCCGGAGACAAAGACACGACGAGGAAGAGAAUUUCAGUGGUUGAUACAUGGCAGCGCAGCGAUAAUCACGAGUUUAACAUCGAAACUACGCGUAGGAUCAACGAUAUGGAUGAAGAGUUUGAUAACUGGAUCAUCGCCAGGAAUCACUUGAUGAUGUGAAUUUAUAAUGUGAGUUCUUGCAUAAUGUUAAAUAGUAUUUCACGUGAGGUAUAUAUAUGAGCAUUUUUUUUAACUACCAAAUUGUAGAUGUCCUUAAAUAUAU